AUGGCGGACACAACUUCUCUCCCUACAAACUGGGAAGUCAAUGCUCUCUUCAGCGUCUUUCUCUUUAAUCAGAUUUCGGGCAAUUAUCUUUCUUCAACAGGAAGAACGCUUUGUUUCCAAGCAACAAAGUCCGAAUGGGGAAUUUCAAAAUCUAUCUCUAGAAAGGUUUUGUCUGAUCCAUCAAAUGGAUACAUAAUCGAUGACAGCUGUGUGUUUGGUGCUGAAAUUUUUGUGGUCAAAAGAGAAGUAGUCAUUGAACGUGUGUUAUUGACGAAUGACAAUACUUAUUACAAUCAUGCUUUGGAGAUUUCGGGUUUCUCCCAAUUGCCCCAAAGAUGGGUGUGUGAAGAAUUUGAUGCUGGAGGCCAAAAAUGGAAGUUAAUGUUAAAUUUUAAUGGAAAGGAUAGUGAUUAUAUAUCUGUAAACUUGGCUAUGACGGACACAAGCUCUCUGCCUACAAAUUGGGAAGUCAAUGUUGUCUUCAACAUCUUUCUCUUUAAUCAGAUUUCCGGCCAUUACCUUUAUUCGCCAGGAAUAACAAGACGUUUCCAAACAAUGAAAUUUGAAUGGGGCCUUUCAAAAUUUAUAUCGAAGGAAAUUCUGUCUGAUCCAUCAAACGGAUACCUAGUUAAUGAUAGGUGUGUGUUUGGUGCUGAGGUUUUCGCUAUCGAAAGACAAGCGGCCGAUGAAUGCUUAUCUUUGGAUAAUGUCGAUACUCGUUACAAGCAUGAUUUGAAGAUUUCAGAUUUCUCCAAAUUAGAAGAAACAUGGAAUUCUGCAUAUUUUAUUGCUAGAGGCCAUAAAUAG